GGUGAAGGUGGGCUGCCUUUACACUGGAGAUGGUCAAGAAUUUUAACUAUUUCUAUUUUCAUGUGCAGCCUUAAGAAAGGGUCAAUUCCUAAUCCUCAUUCUCACUGAAACUUCCUCCAUAUAUCAUGUCCUUUGGGUUUAUUAUUAUCAUGUGAAAUGUGUUUCUGGUUACUAUUUACCAACCGUAAUAAUAUUAUAUGGAGAGCAUAAAUCCAAUCAGAGUAUAUUCGUUCUCAAAGUUCACAAGAAAACAAUCUAUCUCAAGAAUCUUGUCGAUGGCGCCUUCUCUUCUGCGAUAUACUCUCUUGGUCUUCAUUUCCAUUGCUGUCUGUUCUUUCAAUGUUCAACUUUCUUCUGUUGAACAACUUGGGAAGCCGCUGCAAAAUACUUCAAUCAAAGACCAAUUUCUUGGACUUGCGAAUGAUGAAACCACGGUCAACUGGAUGAAGAAGAUAAGGAGGGAAAUCCAUGAGUACCCGGAACUCGGUUAUGAAGAAUUUGAAACUAGUAAAAUCAUCAGGCGUGAACUUGACAAACUUGGUGUUUCUUAUAGAUGGCCGGUGGCGAAGACCGGCGUUGUAGCCACAAUUGGGUCUGGUUCUUCUCCUUUUGUUGCUUUAAGAGCGGAUAUGGAUGCUUUGCCCAUUCAGGAAUUCACCGCAGGAACUGGCGGAAUGGAAGCACAAGAGCAAAGUAGAUGGCAAAAUGCACGCUUGUGCUCAUGAUGCGCAUGUUACCAUGCUCCUUGGUGCUGCAAAGAUACUGCAAGAAUUGCGACAAUCUUUAAAGGGUACUGUUGUCCUUAUAUUUCAACCGGCUGAGGAACGGGGCACCGGUGCAAAAGAUAUGAUCCAAGAAGGCGUGCUUGAAAACGUUGGGGCCAUUUUCGGUAUACAUCUGGUGCAUAAAUAUCCCACUGGUGUUGUUUCAUCGCGUCCUGGAGGAUUUCUAGCGGGAUGUGGGAGCUUUAAGGCUAAAAUUAGUGGCAAAGGAGGACAUGCUGCAAGUCCACAAAACUCUAUUGAUCCAAUUUUGGCAGUUUCAUCAUCUGUAAUUAGCUUGCAAAAUAUUGUUGCUAGGGAGAUUGACCCUUUAGAUUCUCAGGUGGUUUCUGUAAGCAUAAUUGAUGGAGGUAAUUCAUACAAUAUUAUCCCUGACUCAGCUACAAUAGCCGGAACUUUCAGAGCCUUCAGUAAAAAAAGCUUCUCAUCACUUCGGGAAAGGAUAGAAGAGGUUAUCAAGGGGCAGGCGGCUGUGCAUCGGUGCUCUGCAGAGGUUGAUUUUGAGGGAAGGGAGCAUCCCACAAUUCCUCCAACGGUGAACGAUGAAAGGAUAUAUGAACAUGUAAAGCGGGUCUCAGUUGAGUUAUUAGGAGAAGAAAAAGUAGAAGUGGCUCCAUGUUUCACAGGGAGUGAAGACUUUGCUUUCUAUUUGAAUGAAGUUCCUGGAUCCUUCCUGUUUUUAGGCACGAGGAAUGAAAAGGCAGGGGCCAUAUAUCCUCCACAUAGCCCUUACUUCUUUGUUGAUGAGGAUGUAUUUCCCAUUGGAGCAGCCAUACAUGCAGCAUUUGCACAUUCAUAUCUUUCAAAUCCACCUAAUAAUAAGAGUUCUUGCUAAUUAUUUGUAACAUGUAUGUAUAUUCUCUGCCAAUCUCCCUUGCUUCAAGCCGCCAAGUAACAGAGAAACAUGUUUUAUCCGGCGGUCAAAAUGAUGUCGAGGCUUGACAAAACUAACCAUGCUGCCACUAGUUUGUUCUGUUAAUUGCACUUAAUGCAUUGUAGUACUAGAAAGCUAGCCACUUCUAACUGAUAGUGCUUUUCUAGUUUAAAAAAGAGAGGGUAAAUUUAUUGUUCGGAGAUACACUGAUGUUAAUUUUAAGAGUUACAAAAAUGACUAUCAUUGUAGUCAGGUUAUGUGUUUUA